AUGUCCUCCCAAAGCUUUCUCUCUCGCGUCGGUAAGCUCAAGCUCAAGGAAUUCCCUGAGUUCGCGUGGAAAACCGCUUCCGAGAUCGAUUACCGCGCGAGAGCGGAACGUUUCGCCAGUGAAUACAACCAACAGUACAUUCAAACCGGGAGCGUGAAGCCCCUGUGGCACUUCAUGGUGGGCGUCUUCGGCGUCGCUUACGUCACCGUUUGGCCCACGGAGUACCGACACAUGAUGGCGGAGCGUCGAGGGGGGCACUGA